AAAACGCUCACUUUACAUUCCACACUAGUCUAUCCAAGUCUUCUAUUUAUCCUGCUGCUAUAAUGAUGCUGGACUUGAGUACCCCGCCAAGCGACUCUAUCACAGAGCCACUGCCCAUUGCGUCGCCCGAAUAUACUGACGAAGUCAAGGAGAAAGCAGCCAUUGACGAGAACGAUCCCAGGCUCAGGUGGGCCUUUAGAAAGGUAGACGCAACGCUUCUAUUUGUGCUAUUCCUUAGCAACAUGCUCAAUUCGAUGGACCGCGGAAACCUUGGGCUUUCCAAAGUCGUUGGUCUUGAGAAGGACACUGGGCUGUCUGGAUCCGACUUCAACGUCGUCGCCAGCAUUAUGUACCCGACAUACCUUCUACUCAUGCUUCCAAGCAACCUGGCCCUGCGCAGGGUUGGAGCACGGCACUGGCUUUCUCUUCUCACUGUUCUGUGGGGCAUCAUUAACAUGUGCAUGGCUUUCGCCAAGAACAAGACCGAUCUGAUUCUGUGCCGUCUGUUCCUUGGUGCCGCUGAGAGCGGUGCGACGCCGGGUGCCUUAAUGCUGAUCACGCUCUGGUACCCUCGCCAGAUGGUUACAUCGCGCAUUAGUCUUUUCUACUCGGCAUUCGCUACUGGGGCAGUCAUCGGCGGACCAAUUGCAACCGGCAUUGGCAAAAUAACCAACACGCGCUUCAAGCGGUGGGAGUGGAUUUUUUUCAUCGAGGGACUGGUCACGGCUGGAUACGGAUUUAUCAUGUACCUCUUCUUGGCGGACUAUCCCGACAAGAGCUGGAUCCUAAAGCCAGAGGAGAAGGCGAUAAUCAGCCAGCGUAUGGCACAGGACCAGGCCGAGGGCGGUAAGAAGGAGAUCAGCCGCAAGCGUCUGCUCGACCAUGCCCGCGAUCCGCUCAUUUACUCCCAGGCGCUCAUUAUGUUUUGCUCCAACUUUGGAAUCAACACCAUCUUGACAUUUUCCUCGAUUAUUGUCAAGGAGAUGGGCUUCAGCGCCGGUGCAUCACAGGCUAUUCAGGCAGCACCAGGAAUCUGCGGUUUCGUCGGAAUCCAUCUUGCCCGUUUCUAUCCAAAGUGGUUUGGUUCCCACUUUCGUAGUUCGCUUUUCUGCGCAUUCUGGCUCAUCGUUGCAUCAGCUAUUCUACUGAGCGUCACCAACAACCCAGCGCGGAUCGUUGCUCUCUGCAUGUUGUCGUUUGGCGGGUUUGGCGGCCACAGCAUCGGUCCUGGGUGGAUCAUGAGCAACGUCGGUGGCCCAACGCGCGCUGCCAUUUCAAGUGCGGUGGAUAUCAUGUUUGGUGGUUUGGGCGGCCUUUGCACAUCGUACAUCUACCGCAACAAGGAUGCACCGCGCUACCUGUUUGGGCACGGUAUGAAUAUGUUUGCUGGCUGUCUCACGGUUGUCGUCUCCCUUGUUUCUCACUAUAUAAUCUCUGUUCGUAACAGGCAGAAAGAAACCAAUCCGCUCGAUAUAUCUGGAAUGCCGCAAGACGAGAUCGACUAUCUAGAGAAUGACCACCCCGGCAGAUAUGUGUUAUAGACGGCAGAUGCAGUUGCGCACCAGCCAGGACAAACAUCAAACGAAGUCUCACUUCUUGUUGUGGUGCGGCGCCAGAGCGUGCUUGAUCUGCAGCCCAGUGAAUGGGCUUGACGAUGGUCCUUGUCAUACAGGAUAUCAGUGGCCUCGUCGUCAUACGCGGCCAUGGCAAUGAUCGGCGUAUCGCGGUUCGCAUUAAAUGUGGACUUGAUCAUACGGGUAGCCUCAUCGCCAUCAACGAUUGGCAUACCAACAUCCAUAAAGAUGGCGCGGAACACAGUGCGCCCCAUGGCACAGCGGAUAGC